CAGGUGGGGACGCUGGACAGGCGAAGACCCGAGAUGUCCUUUGCAAGGGUCCCAGAGCCCGUCAGUGGCUCAGUCAUUCUCACUCCCAGAUCAGUGCUCCUCCACACAUGCGAUGGCUUUUAAUAAAGAUUUCAGUCACCCCACUUCUACAGUCUCUGCCCUUCCAGGCUCCACGUGCUCCUGGGGGUCUUCAGGGCUCCUCUGCCCAGGGGCCAGAACCGAGGAGGCAAGGAGGGCUGCUGGGGCUAAGGGGCCUAAGGACCUCGUUGCCAGCGGUACACACCACCAGGAGCAGGGGCAUGGAGCACAGUGAGGGGGCUCCCGGAGACCCAGCUGGUACUGUGGUGCCCCAGGAGCUGCUGGAAGAGAUGCUUUGGUUUUUUCGUGUGGAAGAUGCAUCUCCCUGGAAUCACUCCAUCCUUGCCCUGGCGGCUGUGGUGGUCAUGAUAAGCAUGUUCCUCCUGGGAAGGAGCAUCCAGGCAAGCAGAAAACAAAAGAUGCAACCACCAGAAAAAGAAAAUCCAGAAGUCCCGCAUUUGGAUGAGGCCAGAACCAAGGAUCACAACAGCCUAAACAACCUAAGAGAGACUUUGCUCUCAGAAAAGCCAAACUCAGCCCAGGUGGAACUCGAGUUAAAAGAGAGAGAUGUGCUGUCAGUUUUCCUUCCAGACAUACCAGAAACUGAGAGCUAGUGAGGGUUCAGAGAAGUCCCACCCUAAGCCAGGCACA